AUGGAAUUUGCCGUUGAAUCUGGUUUGAAGACCAUGGAGAGUGGGGAGGGGAUUAGGAGGAAUCAAGCUUUGAUAUGCGCACCAUUAAUGGCUGACACAGUAGAUCAAAUGGUGGAUUUGAUGCACAAGGCUAAGUCGAAGGGAGCCGAUAUCGUGGAAAUCAGAUUGGAUCACUUGAAGAUUUUCAACCCUUGCAGUGAUAUCGAAAAAAUGAUCAAAGUCUGUCCUCUGCCCACCCUCUUCACAUACAGACCAUUAUGGGAAGGUGGUCAAUAUGCUGGUGAUGAAAAAAGUCGUUUCGAGGCACUUCGACUAGCCAUGGAGUUGGGAGCUGAUCACAUUGACAUUGAGCUUAAGGCUGCACAUGAGUUCAACGAUUUUUUGCAUGGAAAUAAGCCUGGAAAAUGCAAAGUCAUUAUUUCUUCUCACAACUAUGAUAACACUCCACCGGUUAAGGACCUCGGAAACCUGAUUACAAGAAUUCAAGCUGCUGGAGCUGACAUAAUAAAGUUUGCAACAACAGCUUUGGAUAUCACAGAUGUGGCACGUGUUUUUCAGAUAACAGUUCAUUCCCAAGUACCAAUCAUAGCAAUGGUAAUGGGAGAGAGAGGAUUGAUGUCAAGAAUACUAUGUCCAAAAUUUGGUGGAUAUCUCACGUUUGGUACGCUGGAGGCAGGACAGGUAUCUGCUCCUGGGCAACCGACCAUAGAGGAGUUGGUUAAUUUAUACAACUUUAGACUGUUAGAGCCUGAUACAAAAGUUUUUGGGAUUAUCGGGAAUCCUGUAAGCCACAGCAAAUCUCCAAAAUUAUACAAUGAAGCUUUCAAAUCAGUUGGCUUUAAUGGAGUGUACCUACAUUUGUUGGUGGAUGACGUUCCUAAAUUUUUCAGGACAUAUUCGUCUUUGGAUUUUGCUGGCUUCAGCGUCACAAUUCCUCAUAAGGAAGCGGCACUUGCGUGCUGUGAUGAAGUUGAUCCUGUUGCAAAGUCAAUAGGGGCAGUUAAUUGCGUCGUCAGGCGUCCUGAUGGGAAGUUGUUUGGUUGCAAUACAGACUAUGUUGGUGCAAUUUCUUCCAUUGAGGAUGGUCUUCGAGGUUCGCAAAAUGGCUCUACGGGAACAGGGUCGCCCCUGGCCGGAAAACUGUUUGUAGUCAUUGGUGCUGGUGGAGCAGGCAAGGCACUUGCGUAUGGUGCAAAAGAAAAGGGUGCGAGGGUUGCAAUUGCUAAUCGCACCUAUGAUCGAGCUAGAGAACUUGCUGACGUUGUUGGAGGGCAGGCUUUGUCUCUUGCUGAGUUAGAUAAUUUUCGUCCAGAAAAGGGAAUGAUACUUGCAAAUACUACUUCUAUCGGGAUGCAUCCCAAGGUCAAUGAUACACCUGUUUCGAAGGAAGCUCUGGCUAAUUACAUGCUCGUUUUCGAUGCUGUUUACACUCCCAAAAUCACGAGACUUCUGCGGGAAGCAGCAGAAUCAGGAGCCCAAAUUGUCACAGGAGUAGAUAUGUUCAUUGGACAGGCAUAUGAACAAUACGAAAGGUUUACUGGUUUGCCAGCGCCGAAGGUACAAUUUAAGAAAAUCAUGGAAAAUUAA